AUGGCGAACCCAGGACAGCCCGGUGGCGUGCCUGGCCAGACCGGCGGCACAUUCACGCCGGUCCCACCGCCCACCCCCGGCGUUGGAGCAAGCACCACUACUGCGGCUACGACUUCCUCGGCGGCAGCACCGCCCAGCAAUCAGAAUCUCAACCAGAUUAGUAUGGUAUGGUACUUCAACAUGUCGUCGCAAUAUGCCCCAAUGUCACUAGUGGCACGCUUGAUCCGCAUGACUGCGAGGGAGUAUGUUGCACUCCCCGAAAGUAGCGACGUUGCGCCGCAGCACGACCAGCAUCAAGACCAGCAUCACAACAGCAUAUCUCCAUUCCCGAAAGACAAUGAUGCUGUUACGGACUAUCUCUUGAAGCGAGGGUACACUGCCACUGAGGCAACGUUUCGCAAGGAGAUCGCCGGCGUCGAUGCCAAAGCAGAGGAAGAGGAGAACAAGCGCCUGAAGCCUGCUAAAUAUGGCCAAGCUUAUGACCAUUUUGUGAAAUGGGUGGAAGGCUCCUUAGACAUUUACAAGACCGAGUUGAACAAGGUCUUGUAUCCAGUCUUCGUGUACACCUUUUUGGACCUGCUCAAGCUGGGUUAUAAGGAGCAAGCAAGCAUGUUCAUGAAGAAACACAAGGAUCGUUUCGAGCGAGGCUAUCACGAUGAUAUCAAUCACUUGAAGCUCAUCAAAACGUGGAAGCAAGCUGAAGACAACGCCACAUGUCAGCUGUUCAUGAAGUCUCCAUGGAGAGUUUACCUCAGUCAGUUCGCGGCUGGAAACCUCUUCAGUUUCCUCGAGCGCGACAGCGAGGAAUGUGGCAACAUUGUUGGCUACAUUCUGACUACCUUCUGUGAGGUCAAGACGGCCGAGCGAGGUCCCAUUGAGCAGUUCAGCUUUGAGGCUAUUUACCGGCAGGCUCAGAACCUGGACUUGGACGAGAUUGAUGCGCAGGAAGGCAUCCCCGGUCUGCAGACUGGCGGCUCCUUCACCUUAAACAAAGACAUCCUCGACAAUGGCAACAAUGCAACUGUCAAGCUGGGUCAAGCUCCCAUGGAUGCUGAGCUUCGGGAGGAAGUUUUGUCUGAGCUGCAGGAUGAGGACAGACUGAACCCGCCUCGUGAAGGCGUAGGCAGUCUUGUGGACGAGUUCAAUACCAUGCAACCUAUCAAGAAGGAAGCUGGAGACUCGCCACCAAAAGAAGCUAUCCCUCUACCGCCGUCUAGAGCCCGAGACGUAGUCAUGGAGAUGCAGAAGGUUCGGGAGAACCGCGAUCGCUUCAAGAUUGAGGGCCGGACUGGCGGCGUCGGUCCAGGUGUUUCCGUCCUCAUGUACACCAUCCAUAACGACUUGGGAAGUGUAUCAAGCAUGGACUUUUCCAAGGACCAAAAGCUUAUGGCUGUUGGUACCAUGGAAUCGUACAUCCGUGUCUGGUCUCUUGACGGUACCCCUCUGGAAUCGCGACAGCCUGGUGAGCAGAGCGUCAAGGUCAACAACCGCAAGCUAUUUGGUCACAGUGGACCAAUCUACACUGUCCAAUUCUCCAACGCAAUCAGCAACCUGAACCGCAAGCUCUACGACGAUAGCGCCGAGCAACCUGAGACGCACGCACAGUACCUGAUCUCGAGUUCCUUCGACGGAACCGUACGACUUUGGUCUCUUGAUACGUGGACAUGUUUGUGUGUCUACAAGGGGCACUAUGGUCCGGUCUUCAAACUGGCAUGGGGACCUCACGGACACUACUUCGCAACUGGUGGAGCUGAUACAACGGUCCGCGUUUGGGCGCAAGACCGUGCCUCAGCUGUACGCCUCAUGGUUGGACAUGACACUCCGAUAUCCGCGCUUUGUUGGCACCCCAACGGCGCGUACAUUUUCUCGGCCUCUGACGAAUCCGACAAGACUAUCCGUAUGUGGUCGCUGGCCACUGGUAGCUGUGUGCGCAUUUUCACCGGCCACGUCGACUACAUUUCCGCCCUUGAGUGUGCACCGAACGGCAAGAUCCUCGCCUCGGCCGACAUUGGAGGAAACAUCUUCCUUUGGGAUAUUGCUAAAGGUGAGCGCAUCAAGCGCAUGCGUGGACAUGGUCGUGGUGGAAUAUGGUCCGUCAGUUUCAACGUCGAGAGCAACACAUUAGUAUCCGGAGGUGCAGACCUCACCGUCCGGGUGUGGGAUGUCGAGAUGCCCGCUGAGGGAUCACGGACUGUCGCUCCCGGAGAUGCUGGUGAUGGCACCAUAGUUGCAGCUGGUAGUGGAGCCGGUACCGAUGGGAAGACGGCAAGCACCGGUGCGCAAGGAGCAACUACUGGUGCAGGAUCUAGUGGUACUGGGAAGAAGAAGGGCAAGGAUGUGAUGGUCACCCCAGAUCAGAUCAGCGCCUUCCCAACUAAGCGGACGCCGGUGAGGAAAGUCAUGUUCACGCGAAUGAAUCUUGUUGUUGCUGGAGGUUGCUACGAAAAGGAACGUUAG